GUGGUCAUAACGUUUCCUCGGCAUCUUCAUAAGGAUCCACGAAUGUUCUCCGGUUCUCCCAAUCUGUUAAUCGCCUGUUCCUGGCUCGUGUCCAUGUCAUUUUGUCGUGUGUGUAUCACGUAUAGGUCGUUUGAUCUGCGACCCGAUAAAGCAAGACGCAAAAAUCCUCUGCUCGAGGAAGCCAGUCGUUCGUAGCGCCAAGUUUUGGAGGGAAAUUGAAGCUGAUACGAGAGUGUCCGCCGGAGUUCGCCAAGAGGACCAUGGCACCCUCCAAAAGCGAAGAGGAGGAAGAAGAAUAUGUUGGCGAUGGUGGAGAAGAGGCAUCGACUCCCUUCCAUCUGCCCUAUGCCUCUCCUUCAGAGAUAGUUGAUAGCACGAGUACCAUUGAUCCCAGUUAUAUAAUUCAUCUCAUUCGACAACUUCUACCUUGUUCAAGCCAGUGUGAUGAAAAUUCAAAAAGAUCAUCAACUGUCGAGAAUUCUGUUGAGGAGUCCCAUUCACAUCCUACGUGCAAUACAACUAGUGUUUCUGGGCUUAGUGAUUCAGAUUACACAAGUGAGUCAUUCAAUCACAAGAAUGAACUUUCCUUCCAACCAGCAAGCAAUGAACAUAUUGAAAAUGAAAUUUAUCGACCCGGUAGAGGAGAUGGUGCUCCAGAUGAUGUUACUAUGAGCGAGUUUGAACAAGAUGAAGGGCACCUUGAUUGUGCCAGAGAUUCGAUUGCAUGGCCAAAGGGGGACCUUUGGGAGGAGUCUGCUUGCAUGUUAUGGGAUCUAUCUACGGACAAAUCUCAUGCAGAACUCAUGGUGCAAAACUUUUUAUUGGAUGUAAUUCUGGGAAAUCUUUCUGUUUCAACAUCAGUUAGAAAGACGGAAAUUUGCUUGGGAAUCCUAGCUAACUUAGCUUGCCAUGGAGUUCCAAGAAAUGUUAUGCUAUCUAAGAAAGGGUUAACAGAUGCAGUUACUGAACAGUUAUUCACAAUUGAUUCCCCAUGCCUUUAUGAAGCAUUCAGGUUGUUUACUAGUGCUCUUCAAAGUAGUGAUGCCAUUAGUUGGGCGAAAAUGUUGGAACCUGUAAAUGUGUUGGAACAGAUUUUAUCUGUCACUGGUAACACACUUAACCAGAAGCUACUUGAGAAGAGCAUUGAGUUGCUUUUGUCGAUGGUCGACAGUCAACCAGUUGCAGAUCUUCUUCUUCCAUCUCUAAUGCAUUUAGGUUUGCCAAGUCUCUUGGUUGAUCUCUUGGAAAGUGAGAUUAGGCAGAUGGCCAGUGGGAAUGCCUGUGAUAGGGAUAACAUUCUUGAUAUGAUUCUUCAAGUAUGUGAAGUGCUUUCACUUAUGGACGUGUAUUCAGCAGUCCUUUUCUCAAACAAGAAAAUUUUUCUGUAUGCAUGUGCCGUGGUGAAGCAUUGUGAUAAGGAUGAGAUUGGCAGUUCUUGCGUCACAGCUACCGUGUUACUUGCUAAUCUCAUAUCAGAUGAACCAAAUCUUGCUGAAGAGAUUUCGAAAGACUUCGCGUUUCUUCACGGCCUACUGGACAUUUUGCCACUUGUUUCGGAUGAUUAUGAGGCUUCCAGUGCUUUCUGGAGUUUAUUUGCCAGACUGUUGAUCAGAGUUUCAGAAUUGAUGAAUCCUCCGAGUUUAAGACAAUAUGCCUCUCUUUUGGCAGAAAGGUCUGUGCUUAUUGCAGAAGCAGUUGAGAAUCACCUAGAAGAUGCAGAGACCCGAAAGAAGAAUUCAACUGCAAAAACGGCAAUAAGCUAUCUCAGCUUCAGGGGAUCAUCAUGGUACUAGAAAAAGACAUGGAUGAAUGCUUUCAAUAUCAGCAAAUUCCUGAAGAUGUCAUGAGAGCUCGCAAGUUAUUUGUGGACUGUUACGAAAGGAACAAAUGAAGUGCUUAAUUGCUUGUUUCUGCACGCCUCAAAUUGUACUGUUGAGUUGGUAAUGGCACUUAUUUGUCCUUUUUUUUUUUGGUUGGCCUACCAAUCUUGUACGACUAGGAGUCAAUUAACAAGUCGCGAAUGCGUGUUAUUUCUUUUCUACAA